AUGCGCUCGCUACCAAACAUUUUAAUAGCAGGGACUCCUGGCGUUGGCAAGACCACAACCUGCAACGAAAUCCUUAGCCUAGCCUCUCAAGCCUCACCACCACUCAACCUCAAACACCUGUCUAUAAACGACAUCGUCAAGGAGCGCACCUGCCACACAGGCUACGAUGAAGAACUACAGACCCUGAUUGUUGACGAAGACAAGCUCAUGGAUGAAGUCGAGAAAGAGAUUGCGGACGGCGAAGGCGAAGGAGGUUGGGUCAUUGACUGGCACUCGACCGCAGGGUUUGCCGUACGCUGGGUAGACCUGGUCGUCGUGCUCAGAUGCGAAGAGACCAAGGUAUUGUUUGACAGACUCUCCUCCAGAGGAUACAAGGACGAGAAGGUGCAAGAGAACAUGGACGCCGAGAUUUUUGGUGUCGUGAGCGAAGAAGCAAAAGAGGCAUGGGAUGAGGAAGGACAAGUGGUCGAAUUGAGGAGCGUCGCAGCCGAGGACAUUGAAGAGAACGCAGAGCGAGUGGUGGCAUGGGUCAGGAACUGGAUGAAAGAUCAUGGUCAAGGAUCAACAGGGUGACCGAGGCAUUAAAAAAUUUGUCUCUCACACACCGACACAAUACAUGGGUAUCAUCAAGUGCGAGCCACCAUGCGCCAGACGAUGUUUCUCGUCUCUGUCGCUGCGCUGUAAGGGGGAUGACAUAUCAAGGCUCCGAUUCCCCACCAGCAAGCCAGACUUUCAACUUGUCCAGGGCUUUACCUCUGUGAGAUAUC